AUGUCUGAAUUUGAUGGACAAAACUUACCAAGUACUUCCAAAAAACCAAAGUUAGGUACUGUUUUUGAAAAAUUUAGGGCACAAUUUCAAGAGUUGGAUCAGUUAAAAAGAGCGUACAACUCGUUGUGUUUUGACAGACGAAAUCCACUAAUUGCUCAGGAAAUAACGUCGUGCAAUGCAGCAGCAGGUUAUGGAAUAAACUUUUCUCGAGCAUCGUGCGAAACACGUCCACAUGCGGAUGAGAUAUAUCCAUUUGGCAUCAUAUUCACGGAUGCAAUUAUGUUGCUGAAUAACUUUUUUACCAAACCUGAUUAUGUUCCCAACAACAAGGCCUCCAGAUUACUACUGGAAAAAUUGAUUCAAUUUUUGAUGGAUGAAGAUUCACAUGCCGCACUGAAAAGAAUGCAGAGAACAGAUCUAUCAAAGACUGGGCUAAUGACUGUCUUGGCUGAACAUUUUUUUCGCAAGCUUUCACUUUCUGACUUAUAUACAAUGGAUAAUUCUGCGAAAUACAAAGGCCUUUCUCUCUGCAAAUGUGGAUCAUGCAAGCCAGAAUAUUUGUCAUCUUGUUUUGGCGACACAAGUGUAGGGAAUCCAGAUUGCUGGCAUGGGUCUUUAAAUAUCCUCCUUGGAAGUAUGGAGUCUUUUGUACAUGUGGCUCCAGUGGAAGAAGAAAUCGGCCCAGGUGGCAGAACAUCCAUAGAGGUGAAACACAAAAGUGUAGAAGAAAGAGGAUUCCGUAGCCAGACUUUAGCCCAGGCAAUUGUGUUUUCCUUCCUGCAAAAGCAGAGACAUCCUAAUUUAGACAAUUUUCUUAUUCCUUGUAUGGCAGCAACUAGAAAUGAACUCAAAAUUUAUUUUUAUGACUGCAAACAUGAUAUUUUGCUUGAAAGUAGAAGCAUUAACCUACUUGUGGAGAUACCCGGCUCAAGAUGUCAAGUGAAUUAUGAGGCAGUUCUUGCUGCUUGGCUUGUUCUGAAUUAUAAAUUUUUGUGUAGUGGACCUCCGGAGUCAUUACUUGAAGCUCCAAAAGCAAAUUUUUUUAGCCUUGCUUCAUCUAGCCUUGAAAUGUAUGAAAAAGAUCUUGCAUUUAAAAAUGUUGUUGCCAUGAAUACUUUUGCAGACUAUGACUUUAUUGACAUUACAAAGCCUAAAUUUGUUUGGCCUUCAGAUCUACCGUGUCAACCACUUGACUCAGAAAGUAAUUAGAUGAAGGACAGUGGUUAGAAUUUCAUUAUCUAUAUAAUGUCAAAUAGAAGCAAAUGAAAUAUUGAUUUAUCAAAUGAUCUGGAUAAUUAACAUAUGAAAUGUACAUGAUGUAAUGGACCUUCGUUUGUAAAUGUCAUCAAGCAGGUACAUGUACUUCAAACAUUCAUUUGAAAGCCGGAAUUAUUACCUUAUAUUUUUUUUAUAAGGCCAACAAUAAAAACUAUUUGAGUAAUGUACUCAGACUGACCUGUCAAAAUUGCCCCUACCCAAUCAUUUUUUCUCUUUGAAUUUUCAAAUUUUAUCCCUUUAACAGUUUGAAUUCCAUAGACAUUUUAAAGUGAAGGUAUACAUGUACAUUGUAAUUUCUAUAGAUGCUUUUUGAUUUAUAAAAUAUUAAAUAUAUCUAGCUAUCCAGUGUGAAAAGCAAACAUCAAUAAAUUUCUGAGUCUUUAAUUUAAUGAUAAUUUGUUCAAUAUUGUAAAACAAAACAAAAAAUCCACAUAGAAAAAUGUUGGUGUGAGUACAUCAAAUGAAAAUAUUUUUAAUAAUGGCAAACUUUUAGUUUUGUGUUUGCGCAUAUUUAUGCUCAUGUAUGUUAGUCAACAUGAAAUUGGUUCUGAAACAAAUUGCAUUUGAACCAUAAUUCAAAUCUUAGCUGCAAAGUCAAUUGUCUAUAGUGGCAAAUGUUAAAAAAAUCGUAGUUCUGAAAAAAAAUGAAAAAUGAAGGUUUAUAAACAAAAAAAAUGUUUAAAAAAGAAUUCAGGUUUUGGCUGGAGGGCAUAAAAUAAUACAUUUUUAAUGUUGACUUCCUAGUACAGAAAACCUCUAAAAUUAAAAAGCUUAGUAAGCAAGUAUUGACUGAUAUUUGCCACAAAGAUUUCUUGAAAUGCAUUUUUAGCUCACCUGAGCCGAAGGCUCAAGUGAGCUUUUCUGAUCAAAAUUUGUCCGUCGUCUGUCGUUGUCGUUAACUUUUCACAUUUUCAUCUUCUUCUCAAGAACCACUGGGCCAAUUUCAACCAAACUUGCCACAAAGUAUCCUUGGGGGAAGGGGAUUCAAGUUUGUUCAAAUGAAGGGCCAAGCCCUCUUCAAAGGGGAGAUAAUUAUGAAUUAGUGAAAAAUUAAUGGCAUUUUUAAAAAUUCUUCUUCUCAAAAACCACUGGGCCAUGAAAGAUGAAACUCAUGUGGAAUCAUCAUCAGGUAGUGUAGAUUCAAGUUUGUUCAACCCCCAGGGGUAGGGCGGGGCCACGAUGGCCGACCAAAGAUUUACAUAGAAAUAUAGGGAAAUUCUUUAAAAAUCUUCUUCUCAAGAACCACCGUGCUAGGAAAGAUGAAACUUAUAUGGAAAUACCCUCAAAUUGUGUAGACUCAAUUUUGUACAAAUUAUGACCCCCGGGGGUAGGGCGGGGCCAUAAUGGCUGAUCAAAGUUUUACAUAGAAAUAUAUAGGAAAAUUCUUUAAAAAUCUUCUCAAGAAUAGCAAAGCCAUGAAUGGUCAUAUUUAUACGGAAGCAUCCUCAGGUAGUGUAGAUUCAAAUUUUUUCAAAUCAUGGACCCCCAGGGGUAGGGCGGAGCCAUAAUGGCAGACCAAAGUUUUACAUAGAAAUAUAAAGGAAAAGUCUUUAAAAAUCUUCUUUUCAAGAAUAACAAAGCCAUAAUUGAUCAUAUUUAUAUGGAAGCACCCCCAGGUAGUUUAGAUUCAAGUUUGUUCAAAUCAUGACCCCCGGGGGUAGGGCGGGGCCACAAUGGCAGACCAAAGUUUUACAUAGAAAUAUAUAGGAAAAUUCUUUAAAAAUCUUCUUCUCAAGAAUAACAAAGCCAUAAUUGAUCAUAUUUAUAUGGAAGCAUCCUCAGGUAGUGUAGAUUCAAGUUUGUUCAAAUCAUGACCCCCGGUGGUAGGGCGGGGCCACAAUGACCGACCAAAGUUUUACAUAUAAAUAUAAAGGAAAAUUCUUUAAAAAUCUUCUCAAGAAUAGCAAAGACAUAAUUGAUCAUAUUUAUAUGGAAGCAUCCUCAGGUAGUGUAGAUUCAAGUUUGUUCAAAUCAUGACCCCCGGGGGUAGGGCGGGGCCACAAUGGCCGACGAAAGUUUUACAUAGAAAUAUAUAGGAAAAUUCUUUAAAAAUCUUCUUCUCAAGAAUAACAAAGCCAUAAUUGAUUAUAUUUAUAUGGAAGCAUCCUCAGAUAGUGUAGAUUCAAGUUUGUUCAAAUCAUGUCCUCAAGGGAUAGGGUGGGGCCACAAUGGCCGACCAAAGUUUUACAUAGAAAUUUAUAGGAAAAUUCUUUAAAAAUCUUCUUCUCAAGAAUAGCAAAGCCAUAAUUGAUCAUAUUUAUAUGGAAGCAUUCUCAUGUAGUGUAGAUUCAAGUUUGUUCAAAUCAUGAUCCCCGGGGGUAGGGCGGGGCCACAAUGGCCGACCAAAGUUUCACAUGGAAAUAUAUAGGAAAAUUCUUUAAAAAUCUUCUUCUCAAGAAUAAAAAUAUCAUAAUUGAUAAUAUUUAUGUGGAAGCAUCCUCGGAUAGUGUAGAUUCCAAUUUGUUCAAAUUAUGUCCUCCAGGGGUAUAAGGGUGGGGCCACAAUGGCCGACCAAAGUUUUACAUAGAAAUUUAUAGGAAAAUUCUUUAAAAAUCUUCUUCUCAAGAAUAGCAGAGCCGUAAUUGAUCAUAUUUAUAUGGAAGCAUCCUCAGGUAGUGUAGAUUCAAGUUUGUUCAAAUCAUGACCCCCGGGGGUAGGGUGGGGCCACAAUGGCCGACGAAAGUUUUACAUAGAAAUAUAUAGGAAAAUUCUUUAAAAAUCUUCUUCUCAAGAAUAACAAAGCCAUAAUUGAUUAUAUUUAUAUGGAAGCAUCCUCAGAUAGUGUAGAUUCAAGUUUGUUCAAAUCAUGUCCUCAAGGGAUAGGGUGGGGCCACAAUGGCCGACCAAAGUUUUACAUAGAAAUUUAUAGGAAAAUUCUUUAAAAAUCUUCUUCUCAAGAAUAGCAAAGCCAUAAUUGAUCAUAUUUAUAUGGAAGCAUCCUCAGGUAGUGUAGAUUCAAAUUUAUUCAAAUCAUGACCCCGGGGAUAGGGCAGAGCCAGAAUGGCUGAUCAAAUUUUCACAUAGAAAUAUGUAGGAAAAUUCUUUAAAAAUCUUCUUCUCAAGAAUAGCAAAGCCAUGAUUGGUCAUGGGACUACUUUUGGAUUUAAACUUUUCAAUAAUAAACCAAUUUCUACUUUUUCCUAGCCACAGUGCUCAGGUGAGCGAUGUGGCCCAUGGGCCUCUUGUUUAUAAACUUGAUUUCUGAUUUUUUUUUUGGUUGUACUUUUGGUAUACUAGUUUAUAUACUGUGCCUGAGUACGUAGGAAUCCGAAAAUUAUGUCACAAUUGCUGUAAAUAAAAUACGAACAGUAA